CGCUGUUAAACGCAACUUGCUUUUCUUUCAGUCGUUUAAUCCAAAUCGCGGGGCGAGGAGUUUGUUCAGUUUUUCUUUGAAUUUCUCUGAAUGGAGGAAGAGAAUAGGGAUGGUGCAGAGGAGGAGUUGCGGCAGGUGGAGAGGAGGCACGUGUCGGUGCACUUUGACUGCAGUUGCACCGACGAGGACCUGGCGCGAAUCGCGCGAGAGCUGCGGGAAGACCCGCGCCUGCUGGACGGCUACGGCGGCCAGUGUUGCCCGCCCCUGCUGCACGCGGUCAUCAAGGAGCACCCCAGGUGCGUCGCUUUUCUCCUCGAAUGCGGUGCCGAGGUGAACCAAGAGUACGAAACGCUGGGCGAAAGCGCCCUCUCGUGUUCCGUCACCCGCUCAACUCCAGAUAUAGCUCACAUGCUGCUUGCAAGCGACGCCUCUGGAAUAAACGUAAAAAGUUCGCUCACCCACGAAACUCCGCUGGUCAAAGCUGUGAAACACGGAAACGCUCAGACUGUCAGGCUCCUCCUUGAACACGGGGCAAGACCCAAUUCUGGAACAGAAAGAAACGAUGAUGUGAUACCUUGCGUUUAUCUGGCCGUCGAGCUUGGCCACCAAUCAAUCGUGACUGACCUGCUGGCACACGGCGCCACCCUCACCGGCCACUCCCACUUUGACAAACACAACGUGCUGUACAAACAUAUGCAGUUCGCGAUCGCCGAGGGUCAGCUGGAGACGGUGCGCUCCCUUUGUCUGUACGGCGCACUCAAGGAGCUCUGCAAAAUCACUCUCUACCCCGAGCUCAGCACCGUCAUCCACUGCAACUUCACCCUUUUGGGAAUCAUUUUCCGGAAUGAAAAUUCGUUGGAGGUAAACGUGAGGAUGCUCAACAUUUUGUACGAGUUCGGAUUCAACUUCUGGAAGUGCGACAAACACGACAAGAACGCGUGGAAGAAAAUGGAAAAGCUGCAAACGAACGAGUUCACCAAAUUGCUCAUCUACCGAAUUUUCAGGCUGCGGUCUCGCCCGAUGCAGCUCAAGCAGUUGUGCCGCAUCAAACUGUUGAACUUUUUUGAGCACAAAUUUCUCAAGAGCGUCCCGCAGUUGUUGAUUCCCAACGAACUGAAAGACUAUUUGCGAUUCAGUGAUGUCAAUUGAAACCAAUUUUUGUUUAAAAUAGGAAAUAAAAAAAAAUACUCCAAA